ACUUGACAUGGCCGCCUCAGCUUUUCUUCUUAUUUCUUGUGUCUUAUGCUUCUCACAGGCUCAUCGCGUAGCUAACCUUGUUCUAUUGCCCGACGCUGUAAAUGACGGCGCCGUUUGUCUCGACGGCUCAGCACCAGGCUAUUACAUCGAUAAAACGUCGGUAAAUCGAUGGAUUAUUCACUUGGAAGGCGGUGGAUGGUGCUACAAUAAAAGCGACUGCUAUUAUCGUGCUUCUUCGUGGUUGGGUUCGUCAACCUACUGGAAUCGGACAUCUCACUUGAGAGGAUUUCUCAAUAAUGACCCGGAUGUGAACCCAGAGUUUGCCAACUAUUCAGUCGUGUUUGUGCCUUACUGCGACGGCGCGUCUUUCUCCGGUAACGUCAAUGACCCAAUAACAGUCAAUGACAAGAAAAUCUACUUCCGCGGUCAUCCAAUUCUCAAUGCCGUCCUGAGCGCUCUCAUACAAAAGGAACAAAUAGAUAAGGCGGAAGCUAUCAUUCUUACUGGCUGCUCUGCUGGUGGACUGUCUACAUAUUUGCAUCUGGAUUAUGUUCAGUCGAUGUUUCCAAACAUCAAAGUGCAUGGAUUGGCAGAUGCAGGAUACUUUAUUGAUGCAGCUAACAUACAUGGGGAGAUGUACAUCAGAGGGCAAUAUCAGCAUAUCUUUGAGAUGCAGAAUUGCAGUGGAGGUGUCAACAGUGAUUGCAUUCGCUCGAAAGAAGAGAGCGAACGUUGGCAGUGUUUCAUGGCUCAGUACACAUACCCAUAUAUUAAAACACCCAUUUUUGUAUUCAAUGCUGAGUAUGACACGUGGCAGCUUCAAAACAUAUUACAGGUCGGUUGUAAGGCUCCGAAUUGCAAUGAGAGUCAGAUGCAGUUGAUCGCUCGUUGGCGAACGAUGUUCUUACAAACACUGCAACCGGUUAUUCGAUCGACUACCAAUGGAUUGUUCACUGACGCUUGCAUUCAGCAUUGCCAGAGUUUGGCCGAUCGGACGUGGUCCAAAAUUAUGGUUAAGAAUCAGACUGCUCACGAUACGUUUGUUGAUUGGUUGGAUUUGAAGGGGACCGGGAUUGUCCGUGCGGUCGACGAUCAUACCUAUCCUCACAACCCGACUUGUGGUAAGCCACAUAUACCGAAAGGUUAGGUUUCAUGGACUAGAUAUCUCAUGGAACAACAGCAAUGCUUUUAGAAUCCUUGUACACACAAGGCAUUUGUCAGUAAUUUAUUAGAUUGUUCGCAUAUAUGGAUGGCUGUGUUUAUGAAUUGAAUUUGAAACUAAAGGUGGAGAUUA